CUGUGGAUUUUCUUAUGUCAUGUUAUUUUGCGUGUAGGCUUUGGCAUUUAAUGUCAAAUGUGUUAAAGUAAAAAUUAUUGAACAGCACUGGUGCCUUAUAUUUUCUUCACGGAUUAUCUUAUCAAAUAAACCAAUCGGGCAGUUUUUCAGCAGCCAUGACGGCUUUCGAAGAAUUCGGCGUCCUCUCCGAGCUGGGGAAGGCGACCGAAGAAAUGGAUUGGACAUUACCAACAGAUGUCCAGGCCGAAGCAAUUCCUCUCAUUUUGGGUGGUGGUGACGUGCUUAUGGCUGCUGAAACUGGUAGUGGAAAGACCGGCGCAUUUUGUUUACCUAUAUUACAAAUCGUAUGGGAGACGUUAAAGGACAUGCAAGAAGGUAAAACUGGAAAGGUCCUGCAGCAUGUUGCGACAGAGUGGACGAUGUCGUUCUUUGACCGAACGGAUGCGCUAGCUGUGACUCCAGAUGGUCUGAGGUGCCAGUCACGUGACGCGAAGGCAUGGCACGGCUGCAGAGCUACGAAAGGCGUCCACAGCAAGGGAGCUUACUAUUACGAAGCCACUGUAACCGAUGAGGGUUUGUGCCGUGUUGGUUGGUCUACACAAGCUGCAAGGCUUGAUCUUGGAACAGACAGAUUUGGUUAUGGUUUUGGUGGUACUGGCAAGAAGUCCAAUUCAAAACAAUUUGAUGAUUAUGGUACAGCAUUUGGUAUGAAUGAUGUUAUUGGUUGCAUGCUUAAUUUAAACAAUGGUGAGAUCCGUUACACAAAGAAUGGAGAAGAUCUAGGAGUAGCAUUCAAGAUUGAGCAACCUAGGCGGUCUGAAUGUUAUUUCCCAGCCAUUGUGCUGAAAAAUGCUGAAAUGAGUUUCAACUUUGGUGCAACUCCUUUUAAGUAUUCACCACCAAGUGAAUACAUAGCUAUUUGUCAAGCACCAAAGGAGAAUGUGAAACUCAAUGCAAUUUCUGCUGGGGCUGGUGCUGAGGCUAAACCAGUAAACAAUGCUCCACAAGCAAUCAUCAUUGAGCCGUCGCGCGAGUUAGCGGAACAAACUUGCACACAAAUAACAAAGUUUAAGAAAUACCUGGAGAAUCCUACGGUGCGCGAGUUACUCGUCGUGGGAGGUAUUAACGUGAAGGAUCAGAUCAAUCAGCUCAACUCCGGAGUAGACAUAGUUGUCGGCACGCCUGGUCGACUUGAAGAUCUUAUACAGGGUGGAUAUUUGGCUCUCACCCAUUGCCGGUUCUUUGUGCUCGACGAAGCCGACGGCUUACUCAAAGCUGGAUACGGAGAACUGAUUGAACGCCUUCAUCGUCAAAUACCAAAGAUUACUUCGGACGGCCGCCGUCUUCAGAUGGUGGUGUGUUCGGCGACACUCCACGCGUUCGAAGUUAAGAAAAUGGCGGAGAAAUUAAUGCAUUUCCCAACAUGGGUGGACUUAAAAGGAGAAGACGCGGUACCCGAAACGGUGCACCACGUUGUGGUGAAUGUGGACCCGCAAAAGGAUCGUCUGUGGGAGACGUUGCGCAAGUACCUGCAAACCGACGGCGUGCACGCUAAAGAUAACAUUCGAAGCGGUAAUACCACGCCAGAGACGUUGUCGGAAGCCGUGAAGAUCCUCAAGGGAGAAUACUGCAUCCGCGCUAUUAAAGAACAUAAGAUGGAUAGAGCCAUAAUAUUCUGUCGCACGAAGCUGGAUUGUGACAACCUGGAACGCUAUUUGAAGUCAUACGGCAAUGAGUUCUCGUGCGUGUGCCUGCACGGCGACAGGAAGCCGGCCGAGCGUAAGGCCAACUUGGAAAAGUUCAAGCAGAACCAGGUCAAGUUCCUCAUUUGCACCGACGUCGCUGCCAGGGGUAUCGAUAUAUCGGGACUGCCGUUUAUGAUUAACGUCACCCUGCCGGACGAUAAAUCAAACUACGUGCAUCGCAUCGGUCGUGUCGGCCGAGCGGAACGCAUGGGGCUCGCCAUCAGUCUUGUCUCUACCGUGCCGGAGAAGGUGUGGUACCACGGCGAGUGGUGCUCGUCGCGCGGCCGCAACUGCUGGAACACCAACCUCAUCGACGACAGGCCCAAGGGCUGCUGCAUGUGGUACAACGAACCCCAGUAUCUGGCGGACAUAGAGGACCACUUGAACAUAACGAUCCAGCAGGUCGAGCCAGACAUGAAGGUUCCGAGUAAUGAGUUCGACGGUAAAGUUGUGUACGGUGAAAAGAGGAAACAAGUCGGAACCGGAUAUCAGGAUCACGUAAGCCAAAUGGCGCCCGUAGUGAAGUCGCUACAAGAGCUGGAAUCGCAAGCGCAACUCUACUAUCUCAAGCUGCAUCAUAAUGUUACCAUAGCAUAAAUAUUUACCAACUGUGUAAUAUGUACUGUAAUAAUUUAUACUAAAUAUGUCGCUUCUGAUUAACAGACUGAUGAUAAGCUAAUUUUUGUGUAACAUUAAAUUAUCAAAAUAUUUGACAUG